GCAGUCUCGUGCGCCCAGUUAACGGACCCCGCUCCCAGAGACCCGACAUGCGCCGCGCCGGUCUGCGACGCGCGUCGGACCGCGACUCGACUCGGGGGGCGUCCGUUUAUAAGCGCCCCCCGUCCUCGUUCUCACACUCAUUUUCAGUCCCGCAACUCGUAGCCUCUUCAAAUCAGAUCCCGUCUGCUGUAAUCGAGUUCUGGCCCGAUGCAAGCACGAUUGGAAUGAGGGACGCAGAGACGCAGAUUGAAGCAGGACGAGACCGACCGAUCCAGUCCGGGUUACGAUUCCAAUAGUAGGAGCUGCCGAUCCCGCCGUCACUUCUGAAUUCACAUCUGAGCUCAAGUAUUUGAGCACUCGCUUCAGUGUUGACGGAUAUUCGAAGGUCGUGGGAGCAAGGACCUCCUCUGAGCUCCGCUGACGAGAGGCACAGUGAUGAAGUCAAAGGAGUUACUGGUUUUGUUCCUGUUUGUAGCUUGGACUAGCAGCUGGGGAUCUGUGCAGUCGGCGCCCAUCCGCCUCACGCAGACUACUUUAGAUACUUGCCACGCAGGUAAUUUCUUCGGCGAGAUUACUCAUUGUUGCCCUCCUGCCACCUACACCAAGGGUCCCAUCGUCGAAUUCAUCCCCAAACGUGAUCAUAUUGGGCCGCAUCGAGUCAGAAAGGCAUUGCAAUGCUUGGCUGGCGACGAGCUCAGAAUCUACAGCGAACAACUCUGGAGAGCAUAUGAUCUGAUGAAAGCUCUGCCCAUGGACGACCCUCGCUCCUUCUACCAGCAGAAUGCCCUCCACUGUGCUUAUGGAAGCGGCGCUUUCAUCCAGGAUGGCACUGCCAACCUCACCAUUGAUGUGCAUUUCAACUGGUACUUCUCUCCUUGGCACCGGCAGUUCAUAUACUUUCACGAGAGGAUUCUCCAGUCGCUGCUCAACGACACCACAUUCAGUCUACACUUCUGGAAUUUCGAUAACAAUGUCGAUGGCGAGAGCCAUGGCAAAGACGGCUGCUACAGAAAGGGAUACCUCUUCCCCGAGCUCUACAGCGACCCUUCCAAGUCCACAUUCCAUGCCAACCGAUCUGAGAGACCCUUCAUUGCAAACCUUCCGUUGGACUUGACGGUUCUCAAUCGGAGUGAUAUUCCUCUGCGUUUUGCGAGCGUGGCGGUUCCCAGAAACCGCGAACUGAUGCACAGGGCGAUGGCGGCGGGCAACACUAGUUUGGAUUUUCAUGGAGUGGAGUUCAAGCACGGAGACCCCCAGAAUCUCGAUAUUAAUGGAGGAGGCUCUCUGGAGUUCCUUCCCCACAACAGUGUUCACCGCUGGAUAGGAGGCUCGACUGCAUUGACGACACACGCGCCAGAAGAUCCCAUCUUUUAUGUGUUCCACUCUAAUCUGGAAAGGCUCUGGGAUGUGUGGCAGAAGCUGGGUAAUAGCAGAACAGACCCGUCCACGCCAGAUUGGCUGGACGCAGAGUUUUUGUUCUUUGAUGAAAAUGCUGUCGUGAGGAGUGUGAAAGUCAGAGACUCCCUGAGCACGGAAGACUUCGGUUACAGCUAUGAGAAAGUGUUUGACGAAAGCUGGAUCUCUUACGACAACUCCACCAGCACAACGCCCACAAGUCCAGCCUCUCCUACCAACACAUAGGUCUAGAUAAUGGCAGCAAAUACAAAUCUAUCAUCUAGCAGAAGGCUGCAUCUUCUACGACAAAUCCACGAGCACAUAACAGAUGCUGGCAGUUCUUCAUAAAACCGAUGAUGUUGUAUGAUAUAGGUAGGCCCACAAGUGGAAGCUACCAGUAGCGUCCUUUUGACAGAGCAAUUGCACGGGAACCAAAACAUUUAUUUUGGAAUAGGUUCUCUCAUUGAUUCCAACCGAUCAACACCUCCUGAUGUUAGCAAAGCUACUGCAGAGUAUAGAUUGCAUACACCGAUCCAAUUUUUCCCGAAAUAAAACUAUGUAAAGGGUUUCACGUUCA